AUGGGAUCCAAAGAGAAGAAGUCUACCAUCAAGUUUCAAAAGAGCAAACUCAAGGGAGUUGUUAAGCGUAGAAAGGAAGUCAACAAAUUCAAGAGACAAAUUAUCAAGCGUCAGCUUCGCCGUGGUGCUCCCAUUGAUCCCCAUAAAGACGAGGAGGAGGGCUUAAAAACUGUAGAGACAGCAGUGGAUGACACACCUCAAGUCAACACCGAAGACUAUUUCUGCAACUUUGUCAUUGAUGCUGAAGAAACACUCGAUUUAGACGAAGACGAGGAGGAAGAUUUGGAUGCCUUGGAUGCAUUUGAAGCCAUCUUGGAUCCUGAUCAAAACAUUACAGCUCAAGGUCUAGACGAAGACGAGGACAUGGACGAGGACGAGGAGGAGUCAGAGACUGAGGACGAAUACGAAUCUGAGCAAGACGAGGAUGAGGAACAAGACAUGGACGAUAGCAGCGAUGAUUCAGAACUUGUGACACUGGCCAUGACAAAUGAAUGGUCUGCAGCUGCUCUCAAGAAAUCUCCUUUGGCAUGGAAAAAGCUGCUUCUGGCUUUUAGAUCCAUUGUCAGAUCAGAUGAAGAUGCACCCAAGCAAUUCACCUACCGAGUGGAAAGCAGUAAAGUCUAUAUCAAACUCGUGCGAAACACAUUAAAGGCAGCUUAUCCCAUCUUGAGUCAACACAUUUACUUUUUGAAAAAGGAGAGAUAUCCCGGCAAGACAAAGAACUGGCCCAAAUUGGAAAAGGUCAUUCAACUGUACCUCAACAACUGCGUUCGAUUCCUCAAAGAGUUAUCACAAGAUGAAGUGAUUCAAUUUGUGUUGGAGCAAUUGGCACCUUGCACAUUAUAUAUGGGCUGCUUCCCCAAGAUCUCGAGAGAAUACCUUCGUGUGCUGUUGGAUCGUUGGUCAGAUGUCGCACUCUCUGCUGAAACCCGUAGCGAUUGUCACAAGGCCAUCAAACACUUUGCAACCACAGCCAUUGAUGCCAACCGCAAAAACUACAUGCCCAACGUAUUGAAGGGUAUCUACCUUGUUUUCGCUAAUCGUGCCACCAAGAUCAAUCAAACAAGUUUACCCGUCAUUCAGCAAAUGCUGGAAGAAGCAGGCGAUAUCUAUACCGUGGAUUCUAAAGCGAGCUACGAGCAUGCCAGUGUGUAUGUGCGUCAACUUGCUGAUCAUUUAAAGAAGGCUAAAAAGAGUCAAACGGUGGAGAGCUUCAAACAAAUCUACACAUGGCAGUUUGUCAGUUGUCUUGAUUUCUGGGCUAGUGUGGUUGCUGCUACCUGUGACCCUUCCGUGGGCGAGUCUUCUCCUAUGCAAGCCAUUGUCCAUCCCUUGGUGGAAGUGUGUCUCCAUACAAUCCGCUUAAAUCCCACAGCCCAAUUCCUGCCUCUCCGUAUCCACCUUGUACGCACGCUGACUGGUUUAAUUGAUUCUACUGGCUACUACAUUCCAUUAGCAUCCUACUUGUUUGAAAUCCUGAGCAGUGAUAUCUUCAAGGGCAAUCCUGCACAAAGCGACUUGCCUGCGUUUGAUUGGGAUCUGCAUCUCAAGACACCCAAAAGCUAUUUGCAAUCCAAAGGCUAUCAAGAUGCUGUGUUUAACGUGAUGUAUGAUUGUCUAGUGGACUUUUAUGCCUGUCUUGGUUUGUCUAUUGCGUUCCCUGAGCUGGCUAUUCCUGCUGUAGAUAAGCUCAAGGAAUACCUGGUCAAAAUGAAGGGCACUCGUUUUGUCAAGUCCAUUCGUGUCUUGAUUGAAAAGAUGGAAACACAUAAAAACUACAUUGAGCAAAAGCGUGCACCCAUCGAGUACACACCCAACAGAUUAGAAGAAGCCAAUGCAUUCCUACGAACCACAGACUUCGAAACAACUCCUUUGGGUAACUUUUUGAAAAAGAGAAACCAACAAAAGCAACAAUAA